GCUUUUGCUAUAAAAGGUGACCACUUUCCUCCUUUUAAGCACAAGUUUGAGUAUAAUUUCAAGUGUCUUAAAAGAAUCACCAAAAGCAAAUCUUCAAUUCAGUUCCCGUGUAUUCGUAUUAGUCACACGGGUCAUGGCACAACAACAAACUCGACGAGAAAAGUUGAAGGCAGCUGCCGAAGCAGGAAAAAUCGAUGGCUUGUACGACUGCAUUAAAGACGAUCCACAUAUUUUGGAUGGCAUAGAUAAGAUCCCUUUUGUUGAUACUCCUUUACACAUAGCUGCCUCAGCUGGACAUGCCCAUUUCGCUUUAGAAAUGAUGAGAUUAAUGCCUUCAUUCAGUAAGAAGUUGAACCCACAAGGGCUAAGCCCUUUGGAUCUAGCUUUGCGAAAAAGGGAAGAUCUCCGAAGAAACUUGGAAGACUUGAAUUUGCCAAAUAGGGAAGAGCUAAGCAAGUUGCAAAAGGAGCUCACUCAGACUAUAAGACAGCUCAUAAAUUUUGACAAGGAGCUCAUACGAGUCAAAGGAAGGGAGAGUUUCACUCCUCUGCACUACGUAGCUGAAAAAGGCGACAUUGAUCUUUUGGCUGAAUUUCUAUUGGCUUGUCCAGAAUCAAUAAUGGACCGGACUAUUCGAGAUGAGACUGCCGUGCACAUUGCCGUGAAAAACUCCAAGCUAGAAGCUUGUAAAGUGCUGUUGGGAUGGCUUCGCAGGAGCCUAAAUAAAAAAUUGUUGAACUCAAAAGAUGAUACAGGCAACACUGCGCUGCAUAUAGCUGUGUCCAAUUCACAAACUGAGAUUGUGAAGUUAUUAGCUGAAGAAUCAUACACCAACAAGAAUGCAACGAAUUUGGACGGCUUAAUGGCCCUUGACAUCGCUGCAAGAUCUGAAUCCGAAAGAGAAAUUGAGGUUAUUUUACGCUGUGCUGGAGCUUUGAAAAGUUCAUCCUCUCCUACCCAUUAUAGUCAUGCUGGUUUUUUGAAGUCCCCGGAGCGAAUGAUUGAAAAAAUAAUUAAAAAGAUCUUUCAUAUGCGAGAUUUUUUCUCAAUGUCGAUGGAGACACGGAAUGUGAUACUGGUUGUAGCUGUAUUAGUUGCAACGGCUACCUUCCAAGCCAUACUUAGCCCCCCAGGUGGAUUAAGAGGACUUGGUGGCGACAACAAUAAUCAGCCUAAUGGUACCCUUAUAAAUGCCACCAUCAUCUCUACUACCGGUCUUCCUACAAACAUCAGUAAUUUUAAUGUCACCGUAUUUACCACCCCCAGUAACACCAGCACAACCCACAAUCCUGCCAACCAAGUUCUAUACCAUGAUGCUUCUUUUAAUAGUGAUUUUACAUACGGAUCAUUCUUCAUCGUGUUUUAUGUCUUCAACACACUGUGCUUUUUUCUCUCAAUCGCAACUAUUAUCUCUGUCCUCCCAAUCCGAUUUCAUAGUAUCCUGUUAUACUUCACCCUAACGUUUCUGAUUUUGAGCUAUGGGUACUCAUUUUACGUCAUAUCACCAUCAUUUUCCAUUGCUCAGUAUUUUAUGAGUGUAUCAAGGUUUUCUAGUUUUUUUCUUAUUUUUAGUGACGUUCUUAUUAUUACCUAUGAGCGGCGCGGUACUUCAGCUGCCAGGCUCACACCUUCAAAGGGAACGCGUUAAGAUGCUAAGUCUUUGUUUGAAAGGUCAACCCAAAAAAUCAGAUUAGCCACAGCCAAACAUAUAACAUAAAAUGCCAUAUAUGUAUAUGUGUGCUUUUUAUGUGGUGGUGCAUAAGGAUGGAUUCUUCAAAAAGAGACAUAUAUCUGAUCCUGAACCCUGUAAUUGCCGGUUGGAAUUGCCAUCUGUCUUGUCAACUUGAUUGGUUUAUCUUUAUUAUUAAGCAUAAAGAGCCAGAUGCUAUUGGUAGGUUUGGUAUGUUUUUCCUUUCGAAGGCAUCUCUCACCUUCAUUUUUUUAUGUUUUGGUUUUAAUUUGAACCAACGUUUUGCAGAUUUCUGUGUGGGAGGGGGUAUAAGCCUCUUGUCUAGUUUAGCUCCCUCUACUCUGCUGCAUUGUGUAUGGCUUUGGCUUUGUCUUUGUUUCAUUGAUGUUUCUCUUUGCACUCUAUUGUUUUACUUCAAUAAACCUUUCAUUUGCUUCCUCUAUUUUUAGACAAA